AUGGCAAGUAGUAGUGGACGGGGAAAUGAUCCAGCAUGGAAGUAUGCAUAUCCUAUUGAAGGAAAUCGAAAUGGCACAAUAUGUGUAUUUUGUUCUAGCACUUUUCAAAGUGGUGGAAUUACAAGAUUGAAAGGUCAUUUAGCAGGAUACGAUCCACACAAAAGUGUAAAAAAAUGUGACAAAGUACCACCAGAAGUGAAGCAUGAGGUGACAAUAUGGAUAAAGAAAAAACAAUUAGCCAAGCAAGAAAAAACAGUUGUUGAAGAAGAUAUCAGAGAAGAACUCUGGAAUGAUUAUCUUGGGAGUCAAGAAAUUCCAUACAAUGAUGAUGAUGAUGACGGACAUCAAUAUCCAGAAGACGUGCAUCCCUCUGAACGAGAAGGUUAUAGAGAGGCAAUUAGACGAUCAACUGUAGAUCGUCAUAACUCUCAAUUUAUGAGGAGUGCAAGUUCUCGAUUCCCACCAAAAUCAGAAUCAAAGGGUGGUAGUAGUAGUCAUCGUUGGCAACAAGGUGAUCGAUCAAAAUCCUAUCAAUAUCAGUUUCCAGAUCCUCCAAAUCGAAUGCCACCCAAGGAUACUGGGCCAAAACAAAGCAUGGUUAAAUCAUUUAUGACUGGUAUGAGAGAUAGAGUGAAAAAGUCAACAGCCAGUUUUUUCAUAUUUGCUGGUGUUGCAGCAAAGAAAAUUGAAGAUCCACAUUUUAAGAUGAUGAUGUCAGAUCGAGCCGAAUGUGGUCCUGGCGUAAAGCUUCCAACUGCGUAUGAAAUUUUGGAUCCUUGUUUGAAUGAAGCAUAUGAAGAUAUGAAAAGGUAUGUUGAUGGUCAUAGAAAAACAUGGGAAACAUUUGGUUGCACUCUUAUGUGUGAUGGAUGGACUGGGCCAACCAAACUUUCUAUUAUAAAUUUCAUGGUGUAUUCCAAAGGUGCAACUGUGUUUUUGAAAUCUAUUGUCAAUGACAAUGCAUCAACAUUUAAAAAGGCUGGCAGAGAAUUGGAAAAAAGGUACCCGUUGUAUUGGAUUUCAUGCGCUGCUUACUGCAUUGAUCUGAUAUUCGAGGAUAUCGGGAAGAAACAAUCAGUUGCUAAUGUCAUUAAAAUUGCUCAAAGUGUAACUAAUUACAUAUACAAUCAUGGUUGGGUGUUAGCAGAGAUGUGGAGCAUUAUUCAUGGAGAUUUGGUUCGUCCAGGCAAAACUCGAUUUGCGACAAAUCACAUUUCCAUCGAUAGCAUCUUAAAAUAUAAAAGCAAGCUUCAGAACAUUGUUUACAAGCAGCAAAUGGAUCGAGCAUUCAGCAAGCAGAACCAAAGAAGGCAACAGGGUAGAAAGAAGAAUUUUAGACGGGAGUUUUUGGGAUGGUAUGGAAACGGUACAUAA